AUAUGCCAUCUGCUGCUAAAACUAAAAGUGGAAGAAUAUUUCGUGCGCCAACGGAUCAGGCAAGGAAACUCGAACGAAGGCGAGAAAACAAGAAAAACAAGCGAGAUAGGCAGCAAAUCCGGCAAACUAUUGCCAAAUGCUAUGAUGUCGAUGACUCCACUACUAAAAUGCUUGCUAUUGAAAGACAAAUACUUGGCCUGGACAAGCCUCAAUUCCACAUAGAUGUUCUGAAGAAGAAGCAGCGGACCAUAAUGGACAUGGUUAAUAAGAGGCGAUCUGUGCUCCAAACACUAAAAGACGAGAAAGAAUUAAAGGAACUAAAUGAGAAGCUUCAACAUUACUAUGCAGAUUGCAAGAAACUACAAGCGCUUGCAGUUUUAUUCCUAGAGCAAGAGCGUUUGGCUCGCAAUGCUGAUGUAAACUUCAUUCCCUUACCAGAAGGAGAGCUAGCCGAGGGAGAAAUGCGAAGAGUUCAAAUAAUGGGACCUCAACCGUCGGCC